GUUCAGUUUUUAAGAUUUCGGUCAAAAUAACGUCCUGGAAAAUUUGCAGAUAAAGAACAUACAGAGGAAUUUGACACUUUCUAAAAGAUCUAAAUAUUUUAAGCCGGAAGGAAGAAACUAUAUUAGGGAACUUUCGAGCACUUUAAACUCCUUUUAGGUUUCGGAAUCGUUUAUUUGUCUUAGAUUUUAACCUUAAUUCUUUAUCAUGAACUGAACAGGAAAAGGAAUAAAAUAAAAAGACAAAAGGUAAAUAUGGACAAAGACUUUGAUUAUAAAUAGAGAUGUUUAGGGAUUAGGGUUGCUUAUUGAGAAAUAAUGUUGGGAUCCGGAUCAGUUUUGCCGGAAAAGAUGCAACAACCAGCACAAGGAAGAGGAAUGAAGUGCUGCGGAGGAACAUCGAAGAAGAUGCAACCACCACCACUACCACAAGGAGGAGAAACGAAGAAGCAAAGAGGAGUAUGCUCAUGCCCGGCAAAAAAGUGCUUCGGAGAACAAGGAGGACGAUAUUCUAACAUGACUGAGGAGGACAGCAAGAAAUACAUUGAAGAAGGGUAUGCAUGCCCCAGUAGUGAUAAAUACUUCAAUCCAGAUCUUAUUCCCGAUGGCGCUUUGCUCAAACAUCACCCUGAUUUUCAAACUAUUUGGUCCCGUUACUGGCGCCAACUACAAACAACCAAUAAUAUGGACAUGGAUACCUACCCUGGUGUGUCUGAUAUGAUUGAGGUAUGGCCAUUAAACUGGCCCAAUACCACCGAGGGGUAUGACAAUGAAGUCAACGAUCUGGCUAUCUUUGCUAUCCAGGAACACAAUAAGGAACCGUUCCAUAUUUUUAAGUACGAGCUCUUGAAGAUUGAGAAAGUGAACGCACGCCUGUCAGGAUAUCUUGAAUUUUUCGUGACUGUUAAAGUCAAGAAUCUCACUCUUGGUACUGUUAUUGAAACUUUUCAAAUACAUACCGGUAGACCCCUGCAUGUGCGUUAUCUAGUACUUACCGGUAAAAUGGCUCAGCGUUUUGAAGAUGUCUAUUCCUUUCUGCCAAAAGGAGGGGAUUUGGUCGAUAGUUCCGAGGAAGAAAUGACUGGUAGCGAAUCGAGACCAUUUUCAUCUGAGAAGAAGCCAAAUUCUGCAGAAGAACUUCUUGCCUGGCAGAGGGAACUGCCCUGCCGGUUCUUGGCUAAUGAGGUUCUAUGGGACGACAAUGUUUUCAUCCCUGAAAAAGCUUCGGAGAAGCUCCCCGCUAUAUUUCACAGAAUUUACGGGAGGUACUUCAAUCAGAUUUGUGAAACCGAGGGUUUCGACAUUGACAUCUAUCCCGGUGAUUCUGUGGCUGCUAUGUAUAUACCGUACCUGGAUUUUGACAAAGAAAUUGGCUUGCUGAUGGAUCUGGCUGAACACGCUAUUCAGGACUACAACAAUAGAGAAAUCGACGAUUACAAGUAUGAGGUCGAGUCUGUUGAAAAAGUGAACUUUAUUUUGGCUGAAUGUCGUGAAUUCUUUAUGACAGUUAAAGUUAAAAAUCUCACUUUGCGUACACCCGUAGAAACUUUUCAAAUCCAUGCAUAUAAGGGACCAGAUUUUGAGAAUGUUGUCCGUACGUGCCGGAAAAAGUUGUUUGAGGUUUUGGUCGACGAUGAAAUGGCUGGUAGAAAAUCAAGACAACUUUCACCUGCAAAGAAACCAAAAUCUGCAGAAGAACUACUUGCCUGGCAGAGGGGACUGCCCCGCCGGUUCUUGUCUAAUAAUGAGGUUUUUUGGGAUGCCGAAGUUUUCAUCCCUGAAGGUGUUUUGAAAAAUGACUCUGCUAUAUUUCACAGAAUUUAUUGGAGAUACUUCAGUCAGAUUUGUGUAACCAAGGGUUUCAACAUUGACAUCUAUCCCGGUGAUUCUGUGGCUGCUAUGUAUAUACCGUACCUGGAUUUUAAGAAAAAAAUUGGCUUGCUGAUGGAUCUGGCUGAACAGGCUAUUCAGGACUACAACAAUAGAGAAAUCAACAUUUUUAAGUACACGCUCUUGAAGAUUGAGAAAGUGAACGUACAGUCAGGAUAUCUUGAACAUUUCAUGACUGUUAAAGCCAUCAAUCUCACUCUUGGUACUGUCAUCGAAACUUUUCAAAUACAUACCGGUAGCCUGUCUCAGCCUUCCGAAUGUGUUGUCAUUUCUUGUCUGCCAAAAGGAAGGGAUUUGGCCGAUAGUUCCGAGGAAGAAAUGGCUGGUAGCGAAUCGAGACAAUUUUCACCUGAGAAGAAGCCAAAUUCUGCAGAAGAACUACUUGCCUGGCAGAGGGAACUGCCCUGCCGGUUCUUGGCUAAUGAGGUUCAAUGGGACGACAAUGUUUUCAUCCCCGAAGACGCUUCAGAGAAGCUCCCCGCUAUAUUUCACAGAAUUUACGGGAGGUACUUCAAUCAGAUUUGUGAAACCGAGGGUUUCGACAUUGACAUCUAUCCCGGUGAUUCUAUGGCUGCUAUGUAUAUACCGUACCUGGAUUUUGACAAAGAAAUUGGCUUGCUGAUGGAUCUGGCUGAACACGCUAUUCAGGACUACAACAAUAGAGAAAUCGACGAUUACAAGUAUGAGGUCGAGUCUGUUGAAAAAGUUAACUUUAUUUUGGCUGAAUGUCGUGAAUUCUUUAUGACUGUUAAAGUUAAAAAUCUCACUCUUUGUACACCCUUAGAAACUUUUCAAAUCCAUGCAUAUAAGGGACCAGAUGUGGAGAAUGUUGUCCGUACUUGCCGGAGAAAGUUUAAGGUAUACAGAUUCCCUCCCCUUUUUGGGGAAUGAAUCUUAGUGCUAUUUAUUUUUGUUGUUUCUUUGGCUUUGGUUACUCUUUUGGGACGGAGGCGUAGUUUUUUUUUUUUUUUUUUUUUGGCUUUGGUUACUCAAAUCUAUGUGGAUGUGUAUUAUGAGAUGAUGAUCCAGGAAAAAUACUAAAUAGGUGAUGGAUUUUGGGAUAGACCUUGAAAAACAUUUCGUUUACCUGCACUUUUGUUUUAAUCAAUCCGAGUCACAAUUUUAUUACCACUGCCCCAGAAAAGGACAUACAUGUUGUAGGAGAGCCGGACUAACCUUGUACAUGGUGAGAACUGGUGUACUAAGUUGAUGAAAUUUGAAAAGUUAUCUUAACUAUCACCAAUUCAAAGAAUACAAGCAAAACAGAGUGUUAAUAAAGCUGGCAGGCCAAGGUGGCUCAUAUACAGGCACAUUUGGAUUUUUCUUCUAGACUCAAAAUGGCGGAAGUUGCCAUCUCUCCACAUUUAACAAACCUCUAACUUGUCUCGAUAGAUUAUCUAAAAGAGUUUAUGUGUACGCAUCAUCUCUGGUGUGACUCAGGGAGGACAUUUUAGCUGCAACCUGUUUGGCCUCCUUGUAACAAAGUUUGGUAAUUACAGUGUGAUUAAUUAGUUAUCAAAUUCUUUAUCUCAUUUAGAGUACCUUCAAGCCUAUGUGCCUGCACACUCGCUACUCAUUCACCUUGUUUUUGGAUUUAUUUCCCUUCCUUCAGCCAUAGAUGCAUCAGUGGAAGUGCUAACGUUAUUACCUUUACCCUUCUCGUAAAGUUUGUCAUCCUUCUCCCUUUACUGCCUCUCCAUCAGCCAUGCCAUCAUUAGUAUUCCGAUUUGGCCACGUCCCUUUGCAUAGUUUACCUGAACUUCAUCUCGAGUCACAUAUUUUGUAGGUGUUGAGAAUUAUGACAUUGAAAUAUGAAAUAGGUGUUACUAGGCCUUAUUGUCUUUAGGGAGAAGACAAAUAUGUUGACUUGCGUGUAUUGACCUAUACUUGAUAGCUAAUUUUCCCUGGUUUGCAUCUAUACUUUAUGGCUAAUUUACUUUUU